AUGAGACUCACAUCGCUGUCCCUUGCGGCUCUGGCCGCCUCCGCCAAUGCAGCCCCAUCAGCUGGCUGCGGUCAAGCAAUUCCGCCCAAAUACCCCAGUCCAGGAUCAAGCACCGACCUCAAGCUACCCGGCAGUGAUCGAAGAUACAUCCUCUAUAUCCCGCCGAACUAUGACAUCAACACGCCAGCCCCCGUCUACUUCUCUUUCCAUGGCGCGACAAAGGACAUGAGCGAGCAGGAGGACCUGUCGCAGUUCUCCAACCCCGAGUUCAAUCAAGAUGGAAUCGCGCUUUACCCCAACAGCAAGAACGGCUAUUGGCUCUCGAACCCGAAAGCUGAGACCGCGCGGCCCAACGAUCUCGAUUUCACGAACGACCUCCUGACACACAUGGAGGCGAAGCUGUGCAUCGACACCAGCCGGGUCUACAGCGCGGGCAAGUCCAAUGGGGGCGGUUUCACAGGUGUGAUCGCCUGCAACGCUACCGUUGGGAGGCGCUUUGCGGCUUUUGCAGCGGUCAACGGUGCAUGGUACAACACGGAUGACAUUCCGGGCGUCGGCCCCUGUCAGCCGGCACAACGAGAAGAAGGGUACCCUUUUCUGGAGUUCCAUGGCACGACAGAUACAACCGCGCCUAUUGAUGGCAAUGAUGAGGCGUCCGCGAAGCUGCCUGUCAUUGAUAUCUUGGAGCUGUGGGCGGAGAACAACGGGUGUGGGUCGCAUGAGCCGUGGGUGAAGAACGAUACUGUCUUCGAAACCCCUCUCGUCAAGCAUGCUGUCUGGAAUUGCGGGGGCAGGGAUGGUGUCGUGCAACAUUACCGUGAAGGGGAGAAUGGUCAUUGCUGGCCUAGCACGGUGACGAAUGAUGACUACGAGAGCCAUCCAGACCAGUGCCCGCUGGGCAAGUACGUGUUUCAACGCUACAGAGUACAUCUUCGAUUUCUUCAGCGGGUAUCGACUCCAGGACUGAAGGGAUUGGGAGUUCCUUUCACAAGCUGA